UUGCAGAGUGUGAAGCUUUUAGGGAUUCUGGACAUUGGGAAAACUCCUUGUGCAAGAGAUGCUGUUCUUCAUGGUGCAGGAGGAUCUGCCAUCGCCGGAUUAGUGCACUUUCUGGCAACUAGCAGAGUAAAGCGUUCAUUUGAUGUUGGGAUGGCUGGAUUCAUGUUGACUACACUGGCUUCAUGGUUCUACUGCCGGUUUAACAAUGCAAAAUUGCGGGCUCAGCAAAAGAUUAUUCAGGAUGGAAUUAGGAAUAAAGCUAUUUAUGAGGGGACGAGUCUUGAUCCUACACGAAAAGCAAAAGAUGAGUAAAGACUGAAUGCUCUUUGCAGUGACUUUUAUGUUGCCCUUUCCCUUAAUGCAGGUUUGUUCAU